AUGGAAGAAUUUGAGUGGCAGGAAACUAAAAACAUUGGGGGGAAAGAGUUUGAGAAAGUAAACACUGAUAAUUUCAAUGAUUUCGAAGAUUUUACAAACUAUGCUCAAGAAACUAUAUGGAAAGAGGAGUCGCAUGAUGAUUUCGAUGAUUUUGCGGGUUUUAUAGAUAGUAGUGAUUCAAUGGAAACUUCAGAAAAUUUUCAAGGACAUUCAAAUAAUAAUAAUAAUUUUGGUGAACAAAUUUCAAACAUUUCAAAAUUAAAUAAGCUUCAAGUGGAUUUUCCCGCAACGAAUAAUCAAACCUUGAUCGAAGAUUUAUCAGGGGUAUUGAAUAAUAUUUUUCGAUCAAAUGACACCGUGUCGUCAACAAAUCAAGAAGAACCUAUGGGUGAUACCGGGUUAGAAUCCAUUUUAAAUACAUCUGGAAGGUUGAUAAAAGCACCAGGAAAUAUAAAUGCAGCAACGAUAUCGGUGCUAUCUCCGCAGCCAUCACGACCUGCAUCGAAAACUACGAGUUUAUCAGCGCCAACCAGUCGAUCCACCACACCUUCAUCUAAUAAUAAUCUUUCUAGUUCCUCUCAUGGAAAUCUUUCUAAAACAAAUAAUGUGACACCACAGGAAAUACCAAAACAAUUUGACGUUGAAUUGGCUAAAUCAUUAUGUUCAAUACCUGAAGAAUCUUUACAGAAAUAUAACACAUCUGAAUUAUAUUCAUUAAGGACACAAAUUCUUUCAUUAACACGUCAAACCUCGGAUACUCUUACAUAUUGGUUGGAUCAACGUGAGCAAACAAUGAUGGAUUCGGAAACGUAUAACCAAAUGAUCGAAUGCUUAGUUGGUCACGCGCAAAAACUUCGUGAUGGUGGGGGUAAUCAAGGCAAAAUCAGUUGGGAAAAUCGAGGAAAGAAUUUUAUAAAGAAGAAUAGUGUCGCUAGCGGUUUAGCUUCUCUUAGCCUUUCUUUUAAGAACAAGAGAUCUCAAUUAAGUUCUCCGAGGUCUCCUAAUUCUGCUUCUUCAGAAGUUGUGGUCAAUAAUAAAAACACUGAUAGAAAUAGCAAUGGAAUGCAAGAGAGACCUCUUUCUAUGUAA